AUGUCGCGCGCGACGUCCGGCCAGGAUCAACCAUUCACGCUUAUUCCAUUCUUCGACUGCUUUAAUCACGCAAACAAUGGCGAUGAGUGCAUUCAGGAAUAUGACUCCGUGAAGGGCUUUACAGUGCACACGACAAAAGCGUACGAAGAGGGCGAACAAAUUUUUAUAAGCUACGGCAACCACGGGAAUCUUCGGUUGCUCCGCAAUUACGGCUUCACGGUUGCUGCAAACCCAUUCGAUGUCGUCGACCUACCGAUGCCAGAACUGUUGCAGCAGCUGAAUCCAGCAAACCCAGCUUUUACUCGAAAACGCGAGGUGUUGUUAUCUGCAGCCGGCACUCAAGUCGAUAGAUUAGUUCUGAACCAUGUGAGGAUCCAGCACGAUGGAAGCAUUGAUCCAAAUGCGAAGCUAUGGUUGGCGAUUCUGCUCGCUGCACCAGCAGAACUGGAUGACAUUAUUAGAGAAGCAGUUACAACGAGGGUGUCAGGAGAGGAGAUGGCCCCAUCGAUUGUGCUUCCGCCCACGUUGAUGCGCAAGGUCGACGACGUACUCAACGACCUGGUGACAAGUAAACUCAAGCAGCAUUCUUCUUCGUUCGAGGAAGACGCAACGUUUCUCCAAAACAAUGAUCAGCGCAUGGCACCGUGGCUGCGGUCAUGCCUGCACAUCCGGAUGAGCGAAAAACAAGCGCUCAUGCGCACAAUAUCGACUCCAGCUGAAUAA